AUGGUAUUUGGACAGCUAUCUGGAUUCCCAGUAGCAGGAAACCUUCAGUCACAGCCAGUUAGAAAUGGAACUGGUCUGAGUGUUUAUAAAGGCUUAAUCCCCAAAACUACACAAUGGAAAAGCCAAACAGAAAACAAAGUUGGAACUUCUUUUCCUCAUGAUUCUGCAUACGGUGUUGGCAACUUUAAUACCUUUAAGUCAACAGCCAAGAGUAUUAGUCCAUCAACAAAUUCAGUGAAAGAGUGUAAUCGUUCAAAUUCUUCCUCGCCUGUUGACAAACUUAAUCAGCAGCCUCGUUUAACUAAACUGACACGCAUGCGCAGUGACAAGAAGAGUGAAUUUUUGAAAGCAUUGAAAAGGGACAGAGUAGAAGAAGAACACGAAGAUGAAUGCCACGGUGGCUCAGAGAAGGACGACGACUCAUUUAAUUUGCAUAACAGCAAUAGUGCUCACCAAGAAAGAGAUAUAAACAGAAAAUUUGAUGAAAAUGAAAUUCCACAAGAGAAUGGCAAUGCUUCGGUGAUUUCUCAACAGAUCAUUCAUUCGUCAGCCUUUCCACAGACUGAUGUCCUUUCCAGUUCACUUGAGGCAGAGCACAGACUAUUAAAGGAGAUGGGCUGGCAGGAAGACAGAAACGAUGAAACAUGUGCUCCCUUAACUGAGGAUGAGAUGAGAGAAUUCCAAGUUAUUAGUGAACAGUUACAGAAGAAUGGGCUGAGGAAAAAUGGUAUUUUGAAAAAUGGCCUGAUCUGUGACUUGAAGUUUGGACCCUGGAAAAACAGCACUUUCAAACCCACCAUUGAGAAUGAGGACACAGAGACAAGUAGCAGUGACACAUCAGAUGACGACAAUGUGUGAAGGGUUUCCUAACCACGU